UUGACCUGGGACGAUCUCAGGAGUCGUUACGGCGCUACCAGCCCAAACCGUCAGGAUUCCGUUCCAGUGAGCCCUCGCGGUUGGAAUCCCACGAAUGCUCGUCCGAAACGCAACUCCGAGGAUAUGGAAAUGGAUCUUGAACAGUCACCAAGCCCGCGCUCGGAACAGACAACAGUAAAAGGACGGACGCCCUUGCCUAGAGGUCCGCGCUUGACGGGCCCCCAAGCAGCACUGCCUUCUCUGAACUCACCUGAAAGACCCAGGCCCGAUCUGCCCGGUCUAGCUCCACGGACCUAUACUAUUCCGGAUUGCGGUCGCUACAGUGCUGUGGAAGCAUUGCUAUUAUUCUGGACCGAUGACCGCCACAGCGAACUGAGAGCGGUGGUAGACGGGCUGCAGCAGGUCUUGAGCGAGCAGUACAACUCCGCGUGUGUUGUUCAGUCGAUACCAUCCUCGGCUACACCAGCACAUUUGUAUCGAUGGCUCUCAGACCAGAUCCGCAACUUUGCUCGGCACAAUGAUCAGCGGGAUGUGCUAAAGAUAGUCUAUUACAAUGGGCACGCAUAUUUGAACAGAAACCGGGACAUGGUUCUUGCUAGCUCGCCGAGACCCAACGAGGCCACCGAGAUUCGGUGGAAACCCAUUCAAGCGGACCUAGAAGAGUCGUCGACCGACACGCUCAUCAUCAUGGACUGCCCCUACUUUGGCGACAAACUCUCUAGUAGUCGCGGCAUCCUGGAGGUCUUGGCCUCCAACACAUAUGAUGAUUAUGUUCGCUGUCCCAUUCCUCGCUGCGCAUUCACCAAAGCGUUGACUGAGAAGCUUCAAACGCAUGCUUCGCAAGGAUCUCCCCGCACUCCGCUCUGCGCCACAGACCUGCACGCACAUCUCAUGUCGGAAUAUCCAAAGAUUAUCAGAGAUACGAGGUCCGACGAUGAGGCUCUCCAGAACUUUCCCAGCCCAUCUCACGUACUGGUCAGAGCCCGGGACACAAUGGCAGCAUCGAUCGAGCUAAUACCACGUCGAAGAGGGAGCAGCCCUCCUAGAAGCCUAGAACCGGGAAGGCAGUUGAACAUUUCGCUCCGGAUCGGCGGCGACGCGGAUCUGGAAACGUUGGUGGAUUUUUUUCGACUCAAGCCUGACGCGGUCAGGCAGGUACAGAUUGAAGACAGGACACCUUUGUCUGCCUUGAAUUAGGGAUCAUGUAAGAUCAGACCAGGCAUAUUUCCUUGGAAGGCUUUUCGUCAGCGUCCUCUCGCAUCAUUCUCAGCCCGUGAUCUGGUGUUCAGGCGUCUUUUCUUCUGUCUUCUCUUUGAACCCGGCUGUGGGCUCUGCUGUAUAACAUCUACUGGUGUUCUGGUUUUAGGGUUUUCCUCCCUCUUUUCCCCUGUCAGCUGCGCAUCAUAUAUACCCUGGGAGCUUCUGAGCAAAGGCGCGAAGAGGCGUGAAGAGGCGUACGGAGAGAUUUGUAGAGCCUGUCUCCUUAUUUCAGAUGAUUUCGAGCUUGAGUAGACCAAGCUGGGCAGUAUGAGAGCAGUGCCCAAAGUGAAAGGUGGUUUUGCGUCGUUCAGGCCUUAGCACUAGCAACAGCAGCAACAACAACAAGGAGGCGGAGUGAGGAGCUGAUGCUGUUUGCUCUUUUGAAGGGCCAUUUCUGGCAUACUACAUCACAUUUCUCCUGGCCACCCCAGGCAAGCCAGCCAAUUUAUACCUGUGAAAUCAUUUUCACAGUGUCCUCAACCCG